AUGCCUCGCUAUGUCGUCGACCGGCCGACUCCCCUGGCCAAGAGAGACGGGCUCUGCGACAAAGGCCAUCACAACUGCCGCGACGUCGGCCGCGACGACCAAUGCUGCGACAACGAAAGCUACUGCUACGUAAACAAGGUGGGCGCCGUCAAAUGCUGCCCCAUUGGCUCCAACUGCCCCGACGACUCCUUCUGCAAGAGCGACAGCUUCUUCUGCCACGGCCGCGCCACCGUCGCCGGCGCCGUCGAGCCGAGCCACGACGGGUGCUGCCGCCGCCUGUGUCCGCAGACGAGCCACUUCCUGUGUCCGCAGAGCCUCGGCGGCAAGUGCUGUCCGUACGUGGCCCAGUGCCGGGCCGGCGGGGGCUGCCUCGAGACGGAGACGGCGGUGUCGGCGUCGGCGACCCCGACGCGGAGCAUCACGCCCGGCGCCGGCGACGGGUGCUCGGCGUCGCAGUAUCGCUGCGCCGAUGGGACGGGUUGCUGCAACGACUGGCAGCGCUGCACCAAGGUGUCCGGCACGGCCUACUGCGCGGCGAGCAGCAGCUCGGCCAACAACACCAGCGCCCGGGCCGGCGACGCGGCCGCGUCCGGCCCCGGGCUCUCGGGCGGCGCCAAGGCGGCCAUGGGCGCCACCGCGGCGCUGGCCAUGGGCUUCAUCCUCGGGGCCGUUGCCUGGCUGUGCGUCUCCCAGCGGAGGCGCCGUCGCCGCCGCCGCCGCCGCCGUCGCCAGCAGGCCGCCGCGGGUCGGAGCUCGAGCCGGGUCCCGGACGGCGGCCCCACCGAGAUGCGGGGCAUGUCCGAGACGACCUUGACGCCGCGGCCCCGGGCCGGCCGUGGCUUGACGGAGGACUACUGCGGGCCCAGCCCCGUGGCGGGCCCGUACACGGACACGGCCACGCUGGACGAGCUGCGCAUGUCGCUGCCGGCCCUCGCGCGCGCCGUUCCCUCUCGGCCCGACAGACCCAGGGACAUCGUCGCCCCCGUGGAGAUGGACUCGUCCACGGCACCGAGGCCCAGGGGCAGAAGCCGCCACGGAGACCAGCCGCCAAGCCAGCCCGCAACGCCGCCGCCGCCGCCGCGCGACCCGACCCCGGGCCCCUUUGAGCUCCACGGGUCCGAGGCCUACCCCUACCCCCCGCCGCCAUCGCUGCCCCUUCUCAACUCACCCAUCGACGACGAGUCUGAGCACUCGCGCACGUGA